AUGCCUGUAAAGACAUCGCCGAUGCCUGUAAAGACAUCGCCCAUGCCUGUAAAGACAUCGCCGUACAUCGCCGAUGCCUGUAAAGACAUCGCCGAUGCCUGUAAAGACAUCGCCGAUGCCUGUAAAGACAUCGCCGAUGCCUGUAAAGACAUCGCCGAUGCCUGUAAAGACAUCGCCGAUGCCUGUAAAGACAUCGCCGAUGCCUGUAAAGACAUCGCCGAUGCCUGUAAAGACAUCGUCGAUGCCUGUAAAGACAACGCCGAUGCCCCUGUAAAGACAUCGCCGAUACCUGUUGAGACAUGGCCGAUGCCUUUGGAGACAUUGACAAUGCUUCUUCAUACAUCGCCGAUGCCUGUAGAGACAUCGCCGAUGCCUGUAGAGACAUCGCCGAUGCCUGUAGAGACAUCGCCGAUGCCUGUAGAGACAUCGCCGAUGCCUGUAGAGACAUCGCCGAUGCCUGUAGAGACAUCGUCGAUGUCUGUAGAGACAUCGCCGUUACCUGUUGAGACAUGGCGGAUGCCUUUUGAGACAUCGAAAAUGCUUCUUCAGACAUCACUGAUGCCUGUUGAGACAUCGAUAAUGCAUGUUGAGACAUCGACGAUGCCUUUUGAGACAUUGCCGAUGACUCUUCAGAUAUCGUCGAUGCCUCUUCAGACACCUCUUGAGUCAUACAUACAACAGCUACAGUAUUUUUUACUUCACCCGAAGGAAAAGGUGAAGUAG